AUCAACAACACGUGUAUACCACGCGCUGACUAUUCUACGUCCGCCAUACUCGCGCCUUCUCUUACCUCACGAGUCCACUUCGUUGGGCAAAGAUUCCUCGUCUGGGCGGUCAUUAUAGCUUGCCGACGUCGAGAUUUGCCAUGUAUUUUCCCCCUUUGGUCGCCUUGGAUCGUUCGGAUAGGUCUUCUUCGUUACUCCAUCUAUCCAUCACUUCGAACUCGGGCCGAGUCAUUGUUGGUAUUUAACAACUCUGACCUCAACCACUACCUCCUGCGAUACAUCUUUCUACUACCCGCUGUUGCGACACUCAAUCUCAUGGCAUCCUAUUUUCGCAGUCUCUUUGGAGGCAGCGAACGACGCGCAUCGCUCUCAGACGAUUCUAAACCGCGUCAACGUUCUCAUUCCACUCCUCGGAGUUGCAGGCAGGAGACCACUCCCAGUACAACGUCAACAAAGCACGUUCCGAAGAGGAAAAGGAGUAAUUCUUUAUCGUAUGCUCCUUCUCCUUCCAAGGGCUACUCUUACACAUCACUUCCUUCACACACCAACAAACAUGGUCAUCAUCAUUCCCAAGAGCUUCGCAUCGUCAGUUACAAGUACAACCGCCCUACACCAUACUCUAUCUAUCUUCCAAAUGCAUCACCACAAAGUAACCAUUCCCGUACAAGCUCGUCAAGUUCGUCACCACCCGAUUCGUUUCCGAAAACGAACAGCGCCAGUACAAGCAACUCCUCGCCUCGCCCCGUUUUGAAGAAGACCUCCCACUCGAAUGCACGUACGAGUAUACAGCAUCACGUGUCAUUCGCUAAUCCCAACCGACCUGAGGCACUCCACAUGCAUCCUCUCUUCGCCUCGAGUCGUCAAUGCCACGCGCCAAUAUGGUACAACGUGACAUUUACGCCGUCCUCGAAGUCCGUCGUCGACCGAAAAACUCAGACGCCGAUCCCUGCCCAUACGCUAUCUCAGCCAGCCACUGAUCCGGCAAACUCUGACAAGCUCGUGUUGAAAUCGAAUAAACUCCCAUGGCCAAUCGUUGUGCACGCGGAUGGAAGGGUGGUAACGAACCUUGACCUCCUCUGCGCCGUGCACAGGACUUUGUCGACGAGGGUAACGCACCGAGAGUGGGAAGUACUGGGGCAUGGUACGCAUGCGCAGCUGAAGGCGGCGAGGGCAUACGAGGCACGGUGUAGGAAACUUGGGGGUGGAUGGGACGGUGGCGUUAGGAGGAUUGAUUGGCUGGGCGAGAAGACGUAUUUGAUUGGAGUUGAGGUGGAUAAGAACGCUGGAGUGGGGAGGCUGGUCUUUGGGAAGCCGUGAACAUGACAGCUCAGAAGGACUUCAUCGUCGAUAGUAAAACAUUUACCUGGAUCUGUAUCCUUUUGGUCAUUAUUCUAUGGUAGGGAUAUUAGUUAGUAUAAGUAAUUAAUUCUUCGCUGGACUUGAUCGUUGUAGCUAGUGUUUUAGGUAGAUGUAAUGUACGGGACUUUGUGCUACAACAAAUGGAAUACUCUCUUAAUUUCAAGAUUUGGG